AUGAUUUAAUCGGUUGUGGGUUCCAGUCAAGAGGAAAAGCGAAAAUUUUUUGAAGUUUUCUGGGACAGCGGUGUCGCCCGUAUUGGCGACGAAGGCGCUGAAGGUUGGUCAAAUUCCAUCGAACGCAUAAAAGAAGGAAAAGUGACAACGGACAUUUCACUCUGUGAGAUAGAGCAAGCCGAAUACGAGAAAGCAGAAGCGGAAUUAUGCGAUAGGGUUGGCUCAAAAGGCUUGAAACUGCCGUAUCGCCUGGUGUGGAUUGAGAUUGAGAAACUGCGCAACGAAUAUCAAUGGAGGCCAAUUAGAGAUUUGGGCGCAACGUUUGAUGACAGAGAACGCGCUGUUACAUACCAGGAUAUUGAAGAUGUGUUGUAUACAUUCUCCAGGCCGGUCGCCAUCAAACUUCUCUUCAGUAUUCUGGAAGAGUUUGGCGCGAUUAUAUAUGGACAGGUUCGUGCUCAGUUUUAA